UCAAAAACGGAGCAGAGGCCCGAGAGGCAUCGCCCUAGAUAACGGUAGAAUUGUGCACUGUCCGCGGGUUUGUCUCACGCGUAUAAUCGAACGACUGCGACGAGUUUUUAGUGAUUAAAGAGUUUAAAAAAAUUAAGAAACAGGUACUCCCCUAAAAACAAUAACAAUAAAAAAUCUCGUGAGACAGACUGAGUACCUGGGACAAGCACAGUGGGUGUAUUUCAAUUCGUCAGCGUGGUGAGCUUGUGCGGAAAUUCGAUGAAUUGAAAAUUAUUAAUACGAGUUUUUAAAAUAAACGGGCGAUACGAUACGACCGACGGGGAACGGCCCCCCGUGCACGGCGUCUGUGGUUUUUUUCUCUCCUCGGAAUAAAAAAAUUGACUGCGAAAGAACGAAAAGGAGAAUUUACACUGGGAGUCAUCAGAAAAAAAACAGGAAUAAACGAAACAAGAGGGAGGGAGAGGGGAGACGUUGAAGAAUUCGUUGGGAUUCAUGUGAAUGCAGAGUGAAGCCGGUGUGUGCUUAAUUUACUUGUGAUUGAUAGAGAGGGAGAGAAAUAUAUUGAUAAUUACUUUUUGUGGUGAAUUAUAUCGAUGAACCUAUGGCGGUGGAGUGACGAGCUGGACACUGGAAGCAGCUAAUUGCCGGAAAAAUAUUGGAGUUAUCUGUUGGACAAAGAGUUGAAUAGAAAUCAUUUUAACGAUAAAUCAUUAAGGUUAAUUCCAGCAAUUUUUGUGUUGAAUUGUUUUUUGUCUUUAUUUAUUCAACCGAGAUAUCGCAAGAACAACGACAACGGGGCAUCGACGUAAGGGGUGCAGCUCGAAACGAAAGGAGGACAAGACGCGGCGGAUUCGGUGACCCCUCGGCUGUGACAAGGAAUAGAUAGUCUAGGGACUGAAUAACAAUGCGUGAAUAUAAGAUAGUUGUCUUGGGUAGUGGUGGUGUUGGGAAAUCAGCCCUCACUGUCCAGUUUGUUCAGGGUAUAUUUGUUGAAAAAUACGACCCAACGAUUGAGGACAGUUAUCGAAAGCAGGUUGAGGUUGAUGGACAGCAGUGUAUGCUGGAGAUCUUGGACACAGCCGGCACGGAACAAUUCACAGCCAUGAGGGAUUUAUACAUGAAGAAUGGCCAGGGUUUCGUUCUAGUUUAUUCAAUUACAGCCCAAUCGACGUUUAACGAUCUACAAGACCUCAGGGAACAAAUAUUACGGGUAAAGGACACGGACGAUGUUCCAAUGGUACUGGUCGGCAACAAGUGUGACUUGGAGGACGAGAGGGUAGUGGGAAAAGAUCAGGGCGUUAACCUUGCCCGACUAUUCAACUGCGCCUUCAUGGAGACCUCUGCCAAAGCUAAAAUUAAUGUUUAUGACGUCUUCUACGACCUCGUGCGACAAAUCAAUAAAAAAUCCCCAGAAAAGAAGAUGAAACAGAAAAAGAAAUCGUUGUGCCUACUUCUGUAAGGUAGAAGCGGCCUUGGCCGCAAACCACCCGCGUGACAACCAACAUUAAAACGAGGAAAAAAGAAAGAAAUCCAACAAGUAAUCAAGAGUAAUAACUGAAAAAGCCGAAGGAUACUAGUGGUGAAUCAGGGGACAAGCGGAUAUGUGAGACUAGUGACAAGGAUCCCACCACCAGCUCGAAAAUUGAAAAAAAAAAAUAACAAAAACAAAACAAAACUACCAGAAACAAAAAAUUUCAAUCACAAUAAAGACUAAAAGUCGGCCAACAGCCACGAGAAUGCACCUAAAGGCAAUAAGACAGAAUAGAAAACGAGUGAGAGAUUAUUUGUUUUUCGUAGAGAAAGUUAUCACGACGAUGAUGAAUGUGGGGCGAUAAUAAUUGUACAUAAGUUUGUCCCGGGGUGGCUCAUGUGCACGCGCAUCAGUAGCGCACAAAUGAAAAAGGAACUUAAAAUUCGUAAUUAAAGAAAAUGAAAACAAUUUAAUUAUCUAACGAGGCCCCGAGACGUUGGUCAUAGGGAUUUUUGCAUGAGAAAAACAAGAAAAAAAAUUGAAUAAACUUCAAGGGGGAAAAUGAUUGAUUAAUGAUUAAUUGUAUUUAGGAAUUUUAAAAAUAAUGAGGAUGUGAUGAUGAUGAAUUGAGGAAAAAAGAUGAGUAUGUUUGGAUGUGCGCGUGCGCCGAGGCCACACCAGCCCUCCCCUUUCUCCCCCUCUCCCCCCUCAUUAAUUCGCCGCGCACCUCUCUCUUACAUAAUAUAAUAAUUAUUAUUAUAUAGACGGUACAUACAAUGAUUAUUAAUUAUCAAAGCAUCAAAAUAUUCAUAAGUUAUCAAACCGUUUGUUUCCCAAAACAAUAUAUGUUUUUCUAUAUCUUCUCCGUAUUGAAGCAAAUAAUAAAAAUUCAGUAAAUGUUGAAAAUA